AUGGCCAUGUCCCUCGCGCGGGUGGCCCUCAGGGCACCGCAAUCGCAAUCGAGGCUUGCUGCCGCCGCCGCCACUAUCACGGCUCGAACCAUUGCCGCCCACGGACGACCCUUCAGCACCACGAACCGAGCUCUUAUCCCCUCCGGCUUCGGAUCUCCGAUUGUUCCCUCUUACUUUUCUAAGCCUCGGCUCCCGGCCAACACGGUUAUUCGAUUCGUGCCUCAGCAGACGGCUUGGAUUGUUGAGCGUAUGGGAAAGUUUAACCGUAUUCUCGACCCUGGUCUGGCUGUCCUUAUGCCCUUUAUCGAUCGAAUCGCAUACGUCAAGAGUCUCAAGGAAGUCGCCAUUGAGAUUCCUAGCCAGAGUGCCAUCACUGCGGACAACGUUACUUUGGAACUUGACGGUGUUUUGUUCACGCGUGUCUUUGAUGCGUAUAAAGCAAGCUAUGGGGUCGAGGAUGCCGAAUAUGCUAUUUCUCAGCUCGCCCAGACGACUAUGCGAUCCGAGAUCGGUCAACUGACCCUUGACCAUGUCCUCAAGGAACGUGCUGCGCUCAACACCAACAUUACAGCUGCCAUCAACGAUGCCGCGGAGGCUUGGGGUGUUACCUGCUUGCGUUACGAGAUUCGAGAUAUUCACGCCCCUGGUGCUGUUGUCGAGGCCAUGCACCGUCAGGUCACUGCCGAGCGUUCCAAGCGUGCUGAGAUUCUCGAAUCCGAAGGUCAACGACAGAGUGCCAUCAACAUUGCCGAGGGUAAGAAGCAGAGUGUUAUUCUGGCUUCCGAGGCGUUGCGCGCCGAGCGCAUCAACGAGGCCGAUGGUGAAGCUGAAGCUAUCCGUCUCAAGGCGACUGCCACUGCUCAAGGUAUCGAUGCUGUCUCAGAAAGUAUCCUCAAGGGUGAUACUGGUGCCCAGGCUGCUGUCAGCUUGAGAGUUGCCGAGAAGUACGUCGACGCCUUUGGCAAGCUGGCUCGCGAGAGCACUGCUGUUGUUGUCCCCGGAAACGUUGGAGAUAUCAGUGGUAUGAUUGCUACUGGUCUCAGUGUCUUUGGCAAGGUUGGCCAGGCUCAAGCACAGACUAUGGCUAAAGCUAUUGUUGAGCCCAAGAAGGAGACUGCAGAGCUCGAUGGUCAGGCGAAGCCCGAUGUUAAGGAGACAGUUCUUGAGAGCUUCAACCAAGCGACUGCCAAGAGAUAA